CCGCCAUAUUUGUUGAAGCCGCUUACAACUUGUCUAUUUUUUUCUCGUCGUGUCUGUGUGUGCUUAAUUAUUUGUUGUGGAAAUAAGCGAUAUUCGUGUGCAUAAAUAGCGUAGAAGUUGCGUUCGACGGCAAGCAUGGCAUCGGAGGAAGACAAUGACGAUAACUUUCAGGAAGAAGAAGAGGCGCAGGAGGACAAUGCUCAGGUGGCGGAACUCUCCAACGAUUCUGAUGCUCCUCUAAAGCCGAACAAUGAUGAGGAUGACGAUUACGAUCCCGAAGACAAUCGCAAGAAGAAAAAGGGUAAGAAGCGCAAGACCAGGAAGGGCGAGGAGAAGGGUCGCAAGAAGAAGAAGCGCAAGAAGAACGAGAGCGAGGAGGAUAGCGACUUUGUCCAGCAGCAGCACGAUGAGGAGGUUGAAUAUCCCAGUACCUCGAAGCGUGGUCGUAAGCGCAAGGAGGAGAAGCAGGCGGCCAAGGAGAAGGAAUCAUCGGCCUCAUCUGGCAUGCCAUCUGUGGAGGACGUGUGUUCCGCAUUCAGUGUGUGCGACGUCGACAUCGAGUACAGUGAGGAGGAGCUUCAGAGCCUGACCACCUACAAGGCUUUCAUGCAGCACGUACGUCCCAUUCUGCAUAAGGAGAACCCCAAGAUUGCUGCGCCCAAGCUGAUGAUGCUGGUGGCGGCCAAAUGGCGUGAGUUCUGCGAGAGCAAUCCCCACAUUCAGCAGGAGGGCAGCACUGCUGCCGCCGGUUCCGGCAACUCAGGUGGACAGGCGCGCAGUGUGGCCGGUGAUGAGGCGGGCGAUGAGCCAAGAUCCUCACGCUCCUCGCGUAAUGAGAAGCCCGACGAUAUCUACGAGGAGGCAGCCGAAGAGGAGGAAGAGGAGGAGGAGGAAGAGUUGAAGAAGCCACGUCGCAAGCGAAGCGGGCGAGGCAAGAAGGGCCGCCGACCCUCUGGCAAGGUGCCCACGUUAAAGAUCAAGCUGGGCAAACGCAAGCGCGACAGCUCUGACGACGAGCAGGAUGCCAGCGGUGCCUCUGAACGUGACUCGGAUCUGGAGUUUGAGCGCAUGCUCCAAAAGUCCGAUGAUAGUGCUGACGAGAAGGAAGCGGCGGCACCGUCGGGGUCUUCCUCGAAGGCAGACAACUCGGCAAAUCCCGCUGCCGCCCAGGAUGAUGGAUCCGGGGCUCCUGUGGUCCGCAAGAAGGCCAAGACUAAGAUUGGCAACAAGUUCAAGAAGAAGAACAAGUUGAAGAAGACAAAGAACUUUCCCGAGGGUGAGGAUGGCGAACACGAGCACCAGGACUACUGCGAAGUGUGUCAGCAGGGUGGCGAGAUUAUCCUCUGCGAUACGUGCCCGCGGGCCUACCAUUUGGUCUGCCUGGAACCGGAGCUGGAUGAGCCGCCGGAGGGAAAGUGGUCGUGUCCCCACUGUGAGGCUGACGGUGGUGCUGCCGAGGAGGAGGACGAUGAUGAGCACCAGGAGUUUUGUCGCGUGUGCAAGGAUGGUGGCGAGCUGCUCUGCUGCGAUUCCUGUCCCUCGGCCUAUCACACUUUCUGCUUGAAUCCGCCGCUGGAUACCAUACCCGAUGGCGACUGGCGCUGUCCGCGCUGCAGUUGCCCGCCGCUCACUGGCAAGGCAGAAAAGAUCAUCACUUGGCGCUGGGCAGUGCGUGCCGGUGACGAUGGGCCCUCCACGUCCAAGGGAUCGAAGAGCAGCGGCAACUCCCGUGUUCGCGAGUACUUCAUCAAGUGGCACAACAUGUCCUACUGGCACUGUGAAUGGGUGCCGGAGGUGCAACUGGACGUCCAUCAUCCGCUGAUGAUCCGCUCGUUCCAGCGCAAGUACGACAUGGAGGAGCCGCCCAAGUUCGAGGAGUCGCUGGACGAGGCAGACACUCGUUUCAAACGCAUCCAGCGGCACAAGGACAAGGUGGGCAUGAAGGCCGAUGAGGAUGACUCCGAACAGCUGGAGGAACGCUUCUACAAGAACGGCGUCAAGCCCGAGUGGCUUAUUGUGCAGCGGGUCAUUAAUCAUCGCACAGCGCGGGAUGGCAGCACCAUGUAUCUGGUGAAGUGGCGCGAAUUGCCGUACGAUAAAUCCACGUGGGAAGAGGAAGGCGACGAUAUCCAGGGUCUACGACAAGCCAUUGAUUACUAUCAGGACCUGCGGGCCGUUUGCACGUCGGAGAACACACGCUCCAGCAGCAAGAAGAGCAAGAAGGGGCGCAAAUCGAAGCUCAAGGUUGAGGACGAUGAUGAUCGACCGGUUAAGCACUACACGCCGCCGCCGGAGAAGCCCACCACGGACCUGAAGAAGAAGUACGAGGGCCAGCCGGCAUUCCUGGAGGGAACGGGCAUGCAGCUGCAUCCCUACCAGAUCGAAGGCAUCAACUGGUUGCGCUACAGCUGGGGCCAGGGCAUCGACACCAUCCUGGCCGACGAGAUGGGUCUGGGCAAGACCAUUCAGACGGUGACCUUCCUGUACUCCCUGUACAAGGAGGGCCACUGCCGCGGACCCUUCCUCGUGGCCGUGCCGCUGUCCACAUUGGUCAACUGGGAGCGUGAGUUCGAGCUCUGGGCACCGGACUUUUACUGCAUCACAUAUAUCGGCGACAAGGACUCGCGAGCGGUCAUUCGGGAGAACGAGCUGAGCUUCGAGGAAGGCGCUAUCCGUGGAAGCAAGGUGUCACGCCUGCGCACAACGCAAUAUAAGUUCAACGUGCUGCUAACCAGCUACGAGCUGAUCUCAAUGGACGCCGCUUGUCUGGGCAGCAUCGAUUGGGCGGUGCUGGUGGUGGACGAGGCCCAUCGGCUGAAGAGCAACCAGAGCAAGUUCUUCCGCAUCCUCAACAGCUACUCCAUUGCCUACAAGCUGCUGCUCACGGGAACGCCUCUGCAGAACAACCUCGAAGAGCUGUUCCAUCUGCUUAACUUCUUGAGCCGGGACAAGUUCAACGAUUUGCAAGCCUUCCAAGGCGAGUUCGCGGAUGUGUCCAAGGAGGAGCAGGUGAAGCGCCUGCACGAGAUGCUUGGGCCGCACAUGCUGCGUCGCUUGAAGACCGAUGUGCUGAAGAACAUGCCCUCGAAAUCGGAGUUUAUUGUGCGUGUAGAGCUGUCGGCCAUGCAGAAGAAGUUCUACAAGUUUAUCUUGACCAAGAACUACGAGGCACUGAACUCGAAGAGCGGCGGAGGCUCCUGUUCCCUGAUCAACAUCAUGAUGGACCUGAAGAAGUGCUGUAACCAUCCGUAUCUCUUCCCAUCUGCCGCCGAGGAGGCGCCCACCUCUGCUGGUGGUCUUUAUGAGGUCAACUCGCUGACCAAGGCUGCCGGCAAGCUGGUGCUGCUUUCCAAGAUGCUGAAACUGCUCAAGUCACAGAACCAUCGUGUGCUCAUCUUCUCGCAGAUGACGAAAAUGCUGGACAUUCUGGAGGACUUCCUCGAGGGCGAGCAGUACAAGUACGAGCGAAUUGAUGGUGGCAUCACGGGUACCGUGCGCCAGGAGGCAAUCGAUCGCUUCAAUGCACCCGGAGCACAGCAGUUUGUCUUUUUGCUGAGUACACGAGCCGGCGGUCUGGGCAUCAAUCUGGCCACGGCUGACACUGUCAUCAUCUACGAUUCGGAUUGGAAUCCCCACAACGAUAUCCAGGCCUUCUCCCGUGCCCAUCGUAUCGGACAGGCCAACAAGGUGAUGAUCUAUCGCUUCGUCACCCGAAACUCGGUCGAAGAGCGCGUGACGCAGGUGGCUAAGCGCAAGAUGAUGCUCACACAUUUGGUGGUUCGACCCGGAAUGGGCGGCAAGGGAGCCAAUUUCACCAAACAGGAGCUGGACGAUAUUCUGCGCUUCGGUACCGAGGAUCUGUUCAAGGAGGACGACAAGGAGGAGGCCAUCCAUUACGACGACAAGGCGGUGGCCGAACUACUAGAUCGUACCAAUCGAGGCAUCGAGGAGAAGGAGUCCUGGGCCAACGAGUAUCUCUCAUCGUUCAAGGUGGCCUCGUACGCCACGAAGGAAGAGGAGGAGGAGGAGGAGACCGAGAUCAUCAAACAGGAUGCAGAGAACUCUGAUCCCGCAUACUGGGUUAAGCUGCUGCGCCACCACUACGAGCAGCACCAGGAGGACGUGGGUCGCAGCCUGGGCAAGGGCAAGCGUGUCCGCAAGCAAGUCAACUACACGGACGGUGGCGUUGUGGCUGCUGACACCACGCGGGACGAUUCCAACUGGCAGGACAACGGCAGCGAGUACAAUUCGGAGUACUCGGCUGGCUCCGAUGAGGAUGGCGGAGAUGAUGACUUCGAUGACCAGAACGGCGGAGGUGAAAGGAAGGCCAAGCGACGUUUGGAGCGUCGGGAUGACCGUCCGCUGCCUCCGCUACUGGCUCGCGUCGGCGGCAACAUCGAGGUAUUGGGCUUCAAUGCCCGCCAGCGGAAGAGCUUCCUCAAUGCCAUCAUGCGCUAUGGAAUGCCCCCCCAGGACGCCUUCAAUUCGCAGUGGCUGGUGAGAGAUCUGCGCGGCAAGUCCGAGCGCAACUUCAAGGCCUAUGUUUCGCUGUUCAUGCGGCAUCUGUGCGAACCUGGAGCAGACAAUGCCGAGACCUUUGCCGACGGCGUGCCCCGUGAAGGACUCUCCCGCCAGCACGUGCUCACCCGGAUCGGAGUGAUGUCGCUUAUUCGCAAGAAGGUGCAGGAAUUCGAGCACAUCAACGGUUACUACAGCAUGCCGGAGUUGAUCCUGAAGCCUUGUGAACCGGUUCGAUCCGCCCUGAAGCAGCAGGAUGCGGCGACAGCUCUAGAGGCCCCACCAGCCGGUGUCGUCAAGGUUGAUGUGGACAAGAGCGCCACCACGAGCAACAGCGCCACUCCCGCCACCAGUGCUGCACCCAGUCCAGCGCCAGCAUCGGAGAAGGGCGACGACAAGGAAAAGGAUAAGGACUCUGAGAAGGAGAAAGAAAAGGAAAAGGAGAAGGCCUCACCGGAGAAGAGCAGCGAGGUGAAGCAGGAGCAAGAGGCUGAAAGCGGCGACAAAAAGCCCACAGAGGUCAAGGUGGAGCAAUCCGUAGAAGAAGGUUCCUCCUCCGGUGACACAAAACCAGCCAGCGAGGCAGCCGAAGUCAAAACCGAGCUGACCAAGACAGAGCCCAAGGAAGAGGCCAAGGACCCUGAGCUCAAGGAAGAGCCCAAGACCGAAGAGGAGGAGAUCAAGGAGAAGGACAAGGAGAAGGAGAAAGAAAAGGAGAAGGAAAAGGAAAAGCUCGAGGACAAGAAGCCAAUCGCAGAGACAACUACAGUGAUUGACGAUGACGACGACGAUGUGAUGAUUGUGAAAGAGGAUGGUGAGCUAGAGAAGCCCAGCGCCAGUUCGCCCAAGGAUCACAAGGCAGCCGCUGCUGCUGCAGCCGCGGCUACUGGAGCUGGAGCCUCUGCCACUGGCAAGGGCGGUGUGGAGGAUAGCUUGGAGGUUCUAAAGCGCAAGUUCAUGUUCAACAUCGCUGAUGGCGGCUUCACCGAGCUCCACACCCUGUGGCUCAACGAGGAGAAGGCAGCGGUUCCCGGCAGGGAGUACGAGAUCUGGCAUCGUCGCCACGACUACUGGCUGCUGGCCGGCAUCGUUACCCAUGGCUAUGGGCGCUGGCAGGACAUCCAGAACGAUAUUCGCUUUGCGAUAAUCAACGAACCCUUCAAGAUGGACGUGGGCAAGGGCAACUUUCUGGAGAUCAAGAACAAAUUCCUCGCCCGCCGUUUCAAGCUGCUGGAGCAGGCUCUUGUCAUUGAGGAGCAGUUGAGGCGUGCCGCCUACCUAAAUCUCGCUCAGGAUCCCAGCCAUCCGGCAAUGUCGCUCAACGCCCGCUUUGCCGAGGUCGAAUGCCUGGCCGAAUCCCAUCAGCAUCUCAGCAAGGAGUCGCUGGCAGGCAACAAGCCCGCGAAUGCGGUGCUGCACAAGGUGCUCAACCAGCUGGAAGAGCUGCUCUCCGACAUGAAGAGCGAUGUAUCCCGUCUGCCGGCCACAUUGGCACGAAUUCCACCCGUUGCCCAGCGCCUGCAGAUGUCCGAGCGUUCUAUCCUCUCCCGAUUGGCAGCCACUGCCGGCAAUGCCUCCAAUGCAGCUCAAUUAAUGGCGCAAUUCCCGGCUGGCUUCCAGGGCACAACAUUGCCAGCAUUCACUGGUGGACCGGCUGGCAAUUUCGCCAAUUUCCGGCCUCAGUUCUCGGUGCCCGGUCAGCUAUCGAAUAAUUCCGGCGCCUAGGCAGCAGGCAACUCUCCUCAAUAAUAAUAUCUACGUUAAGCGCAUUCGUAUUCGUAUUCCAUGCAAAUAUAUACUUUACUCUUGAGCUAAGAAUUUAAAUUUCAACACACACACACACACACACCCACGUACAUAUAUAUUUAUGAUAAUCAUUUGCAAUGAAAUCUCGAUACCCAUAUAUAUAAAUAUAUAUAUGGUCGCGUUCACACAAAUAAUGAAAAUUCUACAUGUUCUGACACUUGGCGGAAUGGCGGUAGGAGUUGGAUGUUGGCCUGGCUUCCAGUUACGACACUGAUAUGCUCCCGGGGCGGAUCUCGCGGCCAAUUCACACAUACGACAAGUUUAAAUAAUUAUUCUAAUUUACUUACAUUACUUACUAUGUGAUUACAACAUAAUCUAGAUACAAUAUAUAAAUGUAUUGAAUUCCAUUGCAAUGAACAA